AUGGCCAAGUCAUCUUCUUCGCUCCGAGCGCUGUACAUUGUUUGCCUCGCACUUGCUGGGGGCGUGUAUGGUGCUCCACCGACCACCCCUUCGGGCACACCAACGCGAGCACCUCAAAGGAUCUCUCCCGGCUUCCAGCGACUUGGGGUAUCACAGCAAUCAAUACCGUAUGAGUUCACAAUGGCGCUCAAAGGUGCUCAGCUGGACCAGCUUGAUUCCCGCAUGGUGCAGAUCGCGCAGUCGGGCGGUGAAUGGCUGACCACGGAGGAACUCACUCAGUACACUGCACCUGCGCCCAGCUCCAUCGCAGAUAUCAGAUCUCUGCUCACGUCUCACGGCAUCCCGGAGGAUGCCAUCUCAUUCUCCAAGUUGCAAGACUUUGUGACUGUCCAGGGUACCGUGGACCAAGUCAACAAAAUCUUCGCCACCCAGCUUGUGGAUUGGACACGCCCUACCGAUGGACAGACUGUCCGCCGCGCCAAGGAGUACACCGUCCCUGCAGCUAUCGCUGAACACGUUAUCGACGUCAGCCCCAUCGCCUUUUUUGCCCCUCCUCCUUCUACCGUGCAUGAACCACGACAGCUCGAUGCGAUCAGUAUGGAGAACGAAAAGCGUGCUGCCCCUGGGUCUUGCAACCUCCAGACGGUGACACCGGAAUGUCGCCGCGACCUCUAUGGACUAAGCAGCUACACGCCGAAACCCGUAGCCGGCGCCAUCGACAUUUCAGUCCUUGGUCUUAAUGGAGACGCUGCAAGCCAGGCAGAUCUCACAACCUUCCUCGAAACCUAUCGAAGCGAUGCAUCUGGAUACCAAUUGCCAAUCGCUGCCGCAAAUGGCGCACAACCCGAUCAGAACAACCCAAGCGCGGAAUCGAAUCUAGACGUUCAGACUACGGUGUCAGCGACGUAUCCUUUAGUGAACCAAUUUGUGUCUUUCCGGCAGUCCACCGCAGACGGCUUUGCAGAGGGAAUGCAGUAUUACAUCGACUUGGCUGAUAGCGAUCGGCCGGGCGUGGUCAGCAUUUCGUACGCCGCAAACGAAAUCGAUUACUCCGAGAGUCAAGCGCAAGCCAUGUGUGCCGUCGCGCAGAAGCUCACGGCACUUGGAACGACAGUGGUUGUGGGCUCUGGGGACAAUGGCGUUGACACUGUCCAGGGAUACACUGCCCUAUCUUGUGCUGAUUCGUUCUUCCCGACGUACCCCUCUGGGUGCCCUUACAUCCUUACGACCUCUGCCACGCAAGACUUUUCGCCCGAGUUCGCUGUUAACACGACAAUUUCUCGAUUCUGGACCGGAUCUGGAUUCAGCAACCUCUUCCCAGCGCCAUCCUACCAAAGUGCCUACACCAGCGCGUACGUCGACUCGCUGGGCUCACGCUCAGCCGGCAAGUACAACAAAGCUGGACGGGGCAUUCCCGACGUAUCUGCGCAGGGUAGCAAUUACCCAAUCAGCUUCAACGGCCAGUUCGUCGUCGCUGGAGGCACCUCUGCUGCCACUCCUCUCAUGGCAGCAGUACUUGCGCUCAUCAAUGACGCGAGGCGCGCAGUAGGCAAAGGCAGAGUCGGAUACGUCCAUCCGACUAUUUACGGUAGUCAAGGCGCAUUCACCGACAUAAUCUCAGGCGCGGCCUUUGGCUGCCCCGCCCCAGAUGAGGACACUGGGUUGUAUACGAGCGUCGGUUGGGACGCAGUGACUGGGCUUGGUACCCCUAUCUUUAGCGGUCUAAGGUCGCUCUUCGGCGCCUGA